AAAUUCAGUUCAUAAUUUCAAUUUUUCCUUCUGAAAAUUAAUAAAAUUCAGUUUAAAAAUGAACGAUGAUCAAUGGGUAGCUGGAAUAAGUAAGAAGGAUGCCGGAAGAUACAGUAGACAGCUGCUAGUCGAUGAUUUUGGUGUCUCAGGCCAAAAAAAUCUGAAAAACCUCAACGUUUUAAUCGUUGGAGCUGGAGGACUUGGUUGUCCAGUGGCUACUUAUCUGGGAGCUGCUGGAAUUGGAACUAUUGGUAUUGUAGAUUAUGACCAUAUUUCACUGGAUAAUCUUCACAGACAAGUUGCGUACAAGGAGGAUCAAGUAGGAAAGUCGAAAGCACAAGCUCUCGCUGAUAACAUCAAAUUGCAAAACAGCGACUUGAACGUACAAGUUCACAAUACUUCACUGGAUAGUUCAAAUGCAAUGCAAUUAUUCAAAAACUACGAAAUCGUUUGUGAUUGCACAGAUAAUGUGGCCACCAGAUAUUUGAUCAAUGAUGUCUGUGUUCUUCUUAAUAUUCCUCUUGUCAGUGGAAGUGCUCUUCGAUGGGAUGGACAAUUAUCAGUUUAUCAUUAUGGAUCAGAUUGUCCUUGUUAUCGGUGUUUAUUCCCUUCUCCGCCGGAUCCAAAUUCUGUGACAAAUUGCAAUGAAGGCGGAGUACUUGGACCAAUUGUUGGAGUAAUUGGAAGCAUGCAAGCUUUAGAGGUCAUGAAAAUUGCAGCAAAAGUUAGAACUACUCUUGCUGGCCAAUUGUUGCUAUUUGAUGGACGCGAAGGAAAAUCAAGAACGAUUCGAUUGCGAAAAAGGGAUCCGAAAUGUGAAGUUUGUGGUGAUAAUCCAACAAUUACUGCUCCAAUCGAUUAUGUUUUAUUCUGUGGAGCAGGUGCUCAUGACAAGAUCGAAAAUCUUAAAUUAUUAGAAUUGUCGGAUCGCGUGAAUGUUACAGAGUAUCGAAACAAAAGAAGAGAACAAAAACCCGUUCUACUGGAUACACGACCAUCGUUGGAAUUUGAGAUUGCACACCUGCCUGAGGCAAUCAAUGUCACUCUCAAGGAAUGCCGAUCUCUCUCAGCUGAAGACAUCUCUAAUCGUCUAGGAUUGCAAAACACUGAACAUUCUGAUGUCUUCGUGAUCUGUCAUCGAGGAAAUGAUUCUCAAAGAGCUGUACUACUUCUCAGAGAAAAAUUAGUCGAUAUAAAAUUUCGAGAUAUCAUUGGAGGAUAUGAGCAGUGGGCUCUGAAAAUUAAUGAUAUGUUCCCAUUGUAUUAGAAUUGUUGAAAUUUGUUUGAAUUGUUUCCAAAUUGUUUUAUUAAAUAUCAAUUAUUUAAAAAGAUGAGGAAGUGAUUCAAA